AACCCAAAGCAAAGCCCACCAUUCUCGAAGAAGCAGAGAGUUUCAAAAAUUCCUCUGCAGAUUGUCACUUGCUUCCCUAGAAAGCAAAUCGGAGGAAGCAGCGAACAUCAUUCAGAUGGGAGAUUCAACAUUUCUCGAUAGAAUGCUUCUCCAGCUUCGCUCAACUUGCAAGUAUUAUAGUGGUUACCCUAAGGAUCUCGGGCCUUCGCGGGUUCUCCAUUUUACAUCAGAAAGAGAGUUUGUCCAACUCCUUCACCAGGGCUAUCCCGUGGUUGUUGCAUUCACCAUAAGAAGUAACUACACACAACAUCUUGACCGGAUGCUUGAGGAAGCUGCUGCUGAGUUCUAUCCCAACAUUAAAUUUAUGCGUGUUGAGUGCCCCAAGUAUCCUGGAUUCUGCAUAACUCGCCAGAAAAGUGAAUAUCCUUUCAUUGAAAUAUUCCAUAGCCCACAACAAGCGGGUAAUGAAGGAAAGGUACAGGAUCCAAAUAUCACUCGGUAUUCUGUGAAAGUUGUACCUUACAAUUAUGAUAUGAGUCCCUAUGGAUUCAGAGAAUUCUUCAAGCGCCAGGGGGUUCGUACUUCGGAUCCCAAAUGAAGUGACUUGAAGGUUGGUUCAAAUUCACAAGCUUUUACGAGUGUAUCAGUGGCUUCUAUGAGCUACCAACGACUGUUUCAAGAACUAUUGUAAUAAAUUCUUAUGAUAUCUGUCUGAGAAUGUACUAAGUUCUGCGAUUUGCAAUUUUACAUGAAUCAAUAAGUAAUAAUCAGAGCUGUGUAAAAACUAGAAUGCUAAAGGAAAAAAGAAACGCAUUUGAUAUGA